UAAACUGAUCGGUCAGUUCACGAUCAACCAAUCGGAAGACUGCCUCUGGCUCAAUGUCUUUGUUCCUUCAAAAGACUGGAACGAGACAGACAAGCUGCCUGUUAUGGUGUUUGUUCACGGGGAGUCGUAUGAAGUGGGAACAGGAAAUGCAUACGACGGCAGCGUGCUGGCGUCAUAUGGCGGCGUGAUUGUAAUAACCGUAAACUACCGGCUUGGCGUAUUGGGCUUCCUUCAGACCGGCGACAAGGAGGCGCCGGGCAACUACGCCCUCUGGGACCUCAUUGCCGUGCUAUAUUGGGUCAAGGAAAACAUUGUAAAGUUUGGUGGCGAUUCCAAGCGGGUCACCCUGUUCGGGCACAGUCACGGGGCGGCCUUGGUCAAUCUGUUGCUCUUUACAAACGAGUACGAAGAAAUGCGACAGGCCUCUCAUGAUUUAUUCACGAACGUUAUCCUGCAGAGCGGAUCCGCCUUGAGUACUUGGGCGAUGUCGAUCGAUGCGAAACGCUGCACGCACAUGCUGGCACAGAAAGUCAACUGCUCAGUCGCGAUUAAUAAAUAUGACAGCCACAAGCUAGUGGAGUGCUUGCGGCAGAAAUCUGUCGACGACCUCGUGCGGAACGUGCCCGUUACGCCGAAGUAUUUCACGUGCUUCGCGCCAAGUAUCGACAAGAGCAUGAACGCGAAGAGCAUGUUCCCCAUGGGAAAAUCGCUCGAGGAGCUAAUCGAGCUGCGCAAUUCCAGGUUCGCCUCGAUCAAGAUGAUGGUUGGUGUAACACGGAAGGAGGCGUAUUCGUACCUCACACAGGGCGAGAUUGAAAACGGGAUAACGGAGAUACGGAGAACGCAGAUCAUGCGGACGUACGUUCAGAACAUAUACAUGUACAAUCGUCAGCAGAUUUACGACGUGCUUGACCACGAAUAUAAGCAGUACGAAGGGGUGAGAGACAAUUUCUCGCGCAGGGACGAGAUCAUGGACAUGCUUAGUGACGGUCAGUUUAAGGCGCCGUUACUAAAGAUGGCGCAAGAGCAUUCCAAACGGAAUGAUACCUACUUGUACUCGUUUGCGUACUCCACGCAGAGCGAGGACUACUCCCAUUGGUCAGGUGGAGUCCAUGGAGACGAGUUGCCCUAUAUAUUCGGUGCUCCACUGGUCGGCGGACUGUCGCCAUUUCCGUCGACGUACACAACGCCAGAAAUUGAGUUGAGCAAAUUUAUGAUGCGCAUGUGGACGAACUUUGCUAAGACUGGCGACCCGAAUCUACCUGAAGCAGGCGCCACCAACAGCGGUAACCCUUACUAUCCGGAGGAACGCUGGCCGAAGUACAAUAUCAGCAAACAAAGUUACCUGCAUAUAGGAAAUAUAGAUCGCAAAGGCUCAAAGGUGAAGGACUUCUUUAAAAGCCGGGAAACAGCAUUAUGGACAAAGUUAAUCCCAAAACUCAACGAGCCUGACAACAAUACGUCCGAGACUGGGCACCAGCUGGAAAACGCUGAAGACAUGUCGACUUUUGACGACCCGUCGCGCUUGAUUACGCAGUUCCGGUCAAUAUUCCCGUCGCCGCCGCCGCCUCCAUACACCCCGCCAGUUACCCCUCACUCAGUGACCCGGGGUACGAGACGGAGACAAAAGAGAUCUCCACAAGUGACUUUAUACUGCCGGUGUCCACUGAACAAGUGGAAAGUAACGAGAGACAACCUCCCAUUGUGGUAGCAUCGGCCUCGGGUCAAAUUACUAGUGAUAGUUCAAAUGUUCCGUUAAGUGUAACAAUAGCGGUAGGGUGCUCGUUACUUUUUCUAAAUUUCUUAAUUUUUGUCGGUAUGUACUUCCAACGAAAGAAACUCACGAAGAUGCGUCAGCGUCGAUGUGUCGACGUUUCUAACGCCGCCAGAGACGCAAGAGACGCAAGGGACGUAAGGGACGUCCGACUAAUUAACGUAAAUGAUAAUCAUGAUAUGUACUCUCAGAGGUGUGAACGCUCUGAUGUCACUAUAACGUCACACCCUCCGUCAGCGAUGAAUCAUAAAGCAAUGCCGGCGUCGGGGUCUGACGGACCUCAUGCUUACUCUACCAUAUCAAAACCGUCGACGAAUUCGGUCGGUUAUACAUAUAGUGCAUUAUCACAGACAGUUUCUUCACCUAUGCAUACAAAAGAGACGCCGCCACGCGACGCGUCUCUCAAAACGCCAAACACCGCCGUCAGCGGCGAGAACGCCGUGAAAACCUCAAAAGAAAACAACGCAAUACCACGCGCACACAAUUCAUCCCCAUCCCCGGAACCAAUAAAGAAUCCACAGCCUCGUGUGACAUCAAACAAUGCAAUCACCAUCGUAUGAUCCUCGAUUGAAGCGGACGUUUUUUGUUGGUUCAGUAAUUAUUUUUUCCAAUAUAAUAUGAGUCGUGUACUGCGAAAACUGGACAUA